AUGGUGGUUUACAAGUUAGCUUAUUAUUUCUUUAUAACAACACACCUAACUAUCUAUGUAUCUAUCUAUCUCAAUUUGUCCCUAGCUAUCUAUGUAUCUAUCUCAAUCAGUUCCUAUAUAUCUAUCUAUCUAAAAAUCUAUUUCUAUCCCACUCAUUCAAUCUAUCCUACCUUAUUCUCUUCAUAUUUAUUUCCCUAUUUAUCUAAGUUCAUAACUCUCUCUCUCUCUUUUCAGCCUUCCAAACUGUCUUUUAUUUGUAUCUGUUCUCAAAUCUUUCUCUUUUGCGAAACUCCUUACACAUUGUUCUUAGGCCUUGACAUUUGUAGAGAGAGAGAGAGAGAGAGAGUUACGAUAGCUAGUAUUUUUAUUUACCUACCUGCCAUUACAAGAUCGAAUUUGGUUUCUCUAUUUCACUCACAUUCACACACCGAUCUUUCACUCGAGAUGACAUGGCAUCUUCUUACGACCAGCACCACCUCCCAUCUCUUUCGCAUUUCUCUCCCUGAUUUACUCACUCAUUCAGGCAACGACUUUUUAGAAAAAUCACUUCAUAUCUAUCUAUCUAUCUAUCUAUCUCUAUCUAAGUUUCUUCUUCAUUUAUCCAUUUCUAUCUAUCCAUCUAUCUAUCUUCAUAUCCAUCUUCAUAUCCAUCUAUCUAUCUCGGUUUCUUCAUAUCCAUCUAUCUAUCUAUCUCAGUUUCUUCAUAUCCAUCUAUCUAUCUAUCUCAUCUAUCUAUCUCUUCAUAUCUCUAUCUAUCUAUCUAUCUAUCUAUCUUGGUCUCUUCAUAUCCAUCUAUCUAUCUAUCUCUCUCAGUCUCUCCAUAUCUAUCUAUCUAAGUUUCUUCAUAUUUAUCUAAGUUUCUUCAUAUCUAUCUAUCUCUCUCAGUCUCUUCAUAUCCAUCUAUCUAUCCAUCUAUCUAUCUCGGUCUCUUCAUAUCUAUCUAUCUAUCUCGGUCUCUUCAUCUAUCUAUCUAAGUUUCUUCAUAUUUAUCUAAGUUUCUUCAUAUCCAUCUAUCUAUCUAUCUCAGUCUCUUCAUAUCUAUCUAUCUAUCUAUCUAUCUCGGUCUCUUCAUAUCUAUCUAUCUAUCUAGGUCUCUUCAUAUCUAUCUAUCUAUCUCGGUCUCUUCAUAUCUAUCUAUCUAUCUAUCUAUCUCAGUCUCUCCAUAUCUAUCUCUUUAUCUCAGUCUAUCUAUUUGAAUCUGUUCCUAUCUGUUUCUUUUCUCUAUUAUUGGCUAAUUCAUAA